GCGGGGUGUAAUCGUCCUAGAAAAAAUUAUGUUCCUUCGGCUCCAGGUAGCUCAAAAUUAUCCCUUCGUGGUGGAAACUUCGAAAUAACGAAGACAAGUCGUCGCCUGCGUGUGGGAGCGAGAAGUCGCCGAGACAGCUGCGAAAUUUCCUCACUGGGAUUAAAUUCUUCUUCUUCAGGUCGAACUAAAUCCAUGCGAUUUUGGUUUAGAAUUGAGGUCUUCACUGCACAGAUGCUGUCCAAGAGCUUUAAAUCGGGGAAAUGCAAGACGUCUCUGAAACUUGCAAUAUCUCGGAUAAAGCUAUUAAAGAAUCGAAGGGAUAUCCAGGUGAAACAAUUGAGGCGGGAAUUGGCUCAGCUUCUUGAGACUGGCCAGGAACAGACUGCCAGGAUCCGGGUUGAACAUGUGAUAAGGGAAGAGAAGACCAUGUCAGCAUACGAUCUUAUUGAGAUUUACUGUGAACUAAUUGUGGCACGGAUGCCUAUUAUUGACUCUCAAAAGAGCUGUCCCAUUGAUCUAAAGGAGGCGAUAACUAGUGUGAUAUUUGCAUCCCCAAGGUGUGCAGAUAUACCAGAACUUACAGAUGUAAAAAAACAGCUUGUGGCGAAAUAUGGGAAAGAAUUUGUCAUAUCGGCACUUGAACUUCGACCAGAUUGUGGUGUUAACCGAAUGAUAGUUGAAAAAUUAUCAGCAAAAACACCUGAAACGGAGAUAAAACUGAAGACGUUAACUGCGAUUGCUAAAGAGCAUGAAGUCAAAUGGGAUUCAAAAGCAUUUGAGGAGGAACUGCAGAAGCCUAAGGAGGACCUGCUGAAUGGUUCUAGUAGUUUCACGGGUGCUAAUAAGAUGCCAAUGGAGCCGUUAAAUUUCAAAUUUACUCCAAAUGCUAGACAAACGGAAUCAGCCUCAAAAGCUUAUGAAUCUGACAUACCUAGCAAACCAGUUAGUUUCAGUUCCUCUUCUGCUAACUUGAGGACUACGCCUGUGGUACCUCCGCCUGCUCCAAAUCAGUCCGGGGAAUCAGAUGGGAAAUCGGGGCUGUCGGAAGUAAGGGAUUCGUAUACAAGUGCUGAGACUGCUGCUUUUAAACAACCAACUUGGAGAAUGGAUUUUAAGGAUGCAGCCUCUGCUGCUCAAGUGGCUGCUGAAUCUGCAGAAAGGGCUAGCAUAGCUGCCAGAGCUGCUGCUGAACUUGCAAGUCGAGGAAGCAUUUCCAGACAGAAUUCUAAUGAGCCAAAUCGAUCAUCUCUGCAUAUUAGCAGAGAUGAGAACCCAAAGAGAGAACUGAGCUCAAAGUUCAAAGGAGUUGAAUCUGUAAAUAAUGAUUAUGAUCAAGUCAAAGGCUUCCAAGGCAUGAAAGAAGACAUGCAAAGGUUUCCCUGUGAUGAAUUGAGAGAAGAAAUUUCACAUCAUAGCAGCACCUCUGAUGAAGAGUAUAGUCCUCAAAUGGACAUUGUGAGGACAUUUGAUAGUUUUCGGGGAAGUUUUUCUAGGAUGGAAAUUGGGAACAAAAAGAAGAAUGAUGAAGAUGGCUUUUUAGAAAAAAAUGUAGAAGUGAACUAUGAUGGAUCAGCUCAUGCUAGUUCUUUUGUCGGUACUCAUGACGAUGACGCCAUUUGGAUUCCACCUCUCGACAAGCAGCUAUCUGACAGACAUGAAAUUAAUGCCAGAGAAAAGCUUUUCAGAUAUGACAGUAAGAAACUUGAUUCAAGUGACUAUCCUGCUGCAGUUUUUGAUGAGUAUGAUCCUGAACCAGCAGAUGAUAAAGAAAACUUAUUUGAUUCGUUUGAUAAAAAACAGAAUGAUCAUCAUACUUCCAUGUUCGCCCCAUAUACUAAUUCUUUAAAUUCCAGCAUUUUUAGCAGCUCUCACCACGAAAAUCACCGUAUAACUGUUGAAAAAGUUCCAUCCUCAAAAUUUGAUGACACCAUUCCUGUUGCAUUUGAUGAUUCAGACAGUCUCAGUUCAGAAAGUGAUAAUGGAAUGAGCGGUUCUCGGCAGAAUGGAACUGCUCAGAACAGUACUUUGCUGCAUGAAAAAGGUUGUUUGGGUGAGGACUUACAUUCUCAACAAGAGUUUCAGCCUUCAAGCUCAACAAAAGCUAAACCUAUGUUGGGAACUGAAGAAAGGAAUCACCUUCAAAUGUCCUCUUCCUCGGGCAUCAAAGAUUCUGAAAUGCUGGAUGAACUUGCAAAUGGCGGCGACUUCGGGCUGAGAUUUGGAAGAUUAACUGGUGGGUUAAGAAACCGAGGUUACAACAAUCCACCUUAUAUAUCAAGCUCUGUGAUUGAUUCGCCUGAGCCAUCAACAGAAGCCUUGGGCAGUAAUACUAAACAAAUAAUAUCUCCACCCUUCAGAAGUUAUCUGAUUGAGGACGAGCCAUCAUCAAAUCCAAUAAUGCCAGGAGCUUCUACUAAUCCAAUAUCUGACAAAGAUAAAGUAUCUGUGUCAGAUGAAUACAACCAGGGAAUCAGAAGCAACAAAACCUUAAGCACAGAUAAAUCAGAAGAAGAUACUACUGGAUUUAGUCUAAAGCAGUCUGUUUCCAACCUUAGAGAAGCAGAUCCAAACCCAUCAAAGCAGGUCUCUGAAAUUAUCAAUCAGAAGAUCCAUGAUGAGAAACCGCGAACCCUGCCCUACAAGGAACUGAGCUCCCGGUUGUCGGAGACUGAUUUUGAUUCUGAUGUUAUGGAAGGUCAAGGAAAUCCAAGUUCCAAGACAACAUUCAAAUUAUCUCGUCGGACUAAAGAUUUAAGCUCGAAGGGUCGACCCAAUCUUUCUAGUUCUGUUAUUUCAAACUCCGGGACUGAAAGCCGGCCAUCUCGCCGGAGCUCUGCACCUGAACUCCCUUCUCAGACUGAUGAUAAAGAAACAAUCCUUGAGCGUGGAACAUCAGUUUCUGGUGGUGGACCUAAGUCACAGAAAGCCUCUCAUGUUCAUCCAAAACUCCCUGAUUAUGAAACCCUUGCUGCUCAUUUUCAAUCGCUAAGGUCAAAUCGCCGUCAACCGUAGACGUUUUACUUCAAAACUUUCUCAUGCGCUUGAAACAUUGGAAUUACUAAGUUCAUAUGUACAGAAGCCAUUUUCUUGGUUCACAAGGUAUGUUACAGGUGUUUCUUUAUUAUUAUCAUGAUUUCUUUCUGCUAUUUGAUAAACUUCUUUAUUAUAUUUUUGUAAUUAAGAUGAGUAAUGGAACUUUCAUUUUGGUGUAAUAGUUUAUGGGCCAGGGAUUAUGUUCAUUACUUGUUUUAAUAGCUUAGAAGAACUGUGUGAAAGAUACAUAGAACAUAUCUCACACUCAAACAUUGAAAUUUAUACACAGAGCACUCAAAUCCUUACUGGCAAUUAAAAAUAUCA